AUGAAUUUUAUAUCAUCCAAGCGUGUUGAUCCAAGCCUGUUCACUCCGCCCGUUAAGCUUGUGCGGCGAGAUCCGAGUGCGCCUCCUCGCAAUCAAGCAACUGCCUCACCUGUUGAAAAUGCCACACUUAACACGCCAACUCCAGGUCCAUCAGCAAAAGCACCUGGUACAGAUACAUCCCAAAUAGCACCGUACGGUAAUGCUACCAGAAAUCGCCAAAAUCUGUUCAAAAAAAAAACGAAACAAGUCCAUAUUGCGCCAGAAGAAUCUAGGAAGCUCAGAGCAGAAGAAGAAAAACCAUGGGUUCUCGAAGAUUACGAUGGAACAAACACUUAUAUUGGCGAACUCGAAGGCGGACAGCGAGCUAAUUAUGCCCUGUUCCUUCUCACAGAUGAUGGUUUCAAAGUGGUGUGCGUAGAUAAAUGGUAUAAAUUCAAAUCAAAAAUCAGACAUCGUACACUUACUAUAGAAGAAGCCGAAGAGGCUAUUGCAAAAGCAGCCAAACGUGACAAUGACCGUUGGAUGAUGCACAAAUGGAGUAAAUCAGCGGAGGAUGAGCAGCUCGAAGCAAAAGAAGGAGGCAUAUUUGACCGCAAAUCAACUUUAAAAACAGUCGAAACGUAUGAUGACGAUUUAUUUGGGGAGGAAGACGAUGAAGAGGCACAUGUUAGUAAGCGGAAAGUUCGAGGUGACGUUGAUGAGGAAUGGGACUUUGAUGAAGUAUUUGAAGAUGACGAGGAAGCUCCCGCUGAAGUAAAAGACGAAGAGGAAAAAGAGGUCGAGAGGAGACAAAAGAAAUCAAUGAGGAAAGGUUCAGAUGACGAAGAUAUGGAAGAAGAGGUACCAGAAACACUCACGUCUACUGGUAAACAGAUGAAGAAACUCGUGCGCUCUCUAGAGGAAAACGAAGCGUAUGUUAGUGAUAAAGAGGAAGAUCCCUAUGCCAGUAGUGUAGAAGAAGAGGAUACUGAAGACGAGGAAAAAUCGUCUGGGGAACUAGGAAAGACAGCAUCAGGUGCAGCAACACAAAAACCGCCACAAAUAGCGCCGAAAAGCAAGACUGGCGGCACGAACAAAGCCGGCACUGCCCCCCAAAAAACCAGACCAACCGCUGGCACAAAGCUGCCCGCAGAUUCGAAAAAUAAAACCGCUGUCCUUUCCAAAUCAAAACCAUCGACCUCUUCUAAAUCAACGACAGAUGCUAAAGGUAAACCUGCGUCUGUCGCACAGAAGACAAAGGAUGGUACGAAACUCUCUCAAUCGCAUAAAUCAAAGUCAUCCCAGCUUUCUCACCAGAAGGUAUCAGCCGCGCCUCGAUCUCAAUCACCUGUAUCUCCAAUGCGCACCAAUGUGUCUGUUAAUGGGUCGCAAGCAGUGUCACCAACACAUGCGAGUUCUGUUUCGUCGUCGCAUAGUGUUAAAUCGCCGACGGGUACAUCUGAUGUUGCUGGAGCAGCCCCAGGAAAAACAGCGAAACGCAAGCCUAUACCGCCUGGUGCUUCAACAUCACAGUCUGGUACCGAAACAAGUGGUAUUCCACAGAAGCGUUCUUUGACAAAAACUUCCACACAGCCAACAAAGAAGCUUAAAUCGGGAUCGGAUACUAACGUUGAUGUUGGCAAGCCUGUCUCAUCUUCCAAACCUAAAAUUAACAUUGUUAUGGGACGGUCCACUUCUGAGAUUUCCGCAGAAUCGUCGAAAAGUGUGGAUGCUCCCAGGAAAUUAAAAAUUACCACAUCAGCGUCAUCAGCGUCAUCAGCCUCUUCGGCAGCUUCGCAAACCAGGCCAUCGUCUCAACACAAACCACCAUCUCAAUCCAGGGCUUCAACACAAACCGGACAGACUCCUCGGCCCUCCCCAGUGCCCACAGCUAGUUCUUCUGUAGUAUCUCAAUCCAGGACGUCAACGCAAACCGGACCUUCUCGGCCCUCCCCAGUGCCCACAGCUAGUUCUUCUGUAAUUACAGAGGCGGAGGUCGUGCGCAUCAUUUCCAGUAGUCCGCAGAUGACUACACGGCAGUUGAUCAAAGAAUUGAAAGAUAAAAUAAAGAAAGAUGAUCAAAACCGAGCAAUUCUGAGGGAAUUAGUAGCGCGAGUAGGUGUUAUUAGUGGGGAUGGAUAUCUUGUCUUAAAGAAUAGAGACUAA